ACGUAUAUAUUUGCCCCACCCACUUUUAAAUAUAUCAUCUUCUUCCCCAAUUCAUAAUAUUAAACCCUAAAUACUCUAAAAAUCAUUGCUGCUCCAAUUUUUUUUUAAUUUUCAGUCAAAGUAAUUGCUGCUCCAAUUUUUUUUCAAAUCUAUCUCUGUUGUUUGCUUUUAAUCUUGCUUCAACAAUGGCUAACACUUCAAGAAUCGAAUUUAGCCGAUGUGGGCGUAUUUGCGAAUUGAAAAUUUCAUGGAGUCCAAAUAAUCCCGGAAGGAGAUUUUUUUCGUGCCCAAUUGAUGAGGCUAGAAGUGGAUGUAAUUACUUCAAUUGGUACGAACCAAGGCAUCCCGAGCAAGCAAAUAAAGUCAUUUAUGGGUUGUUGAAGAGGGUUAAAGCUUUUGAGGAAGAAAAGGCUCGUGCAAAACGAACUCGGAAGAAGUUGGUGUUUGGUGUAGUGUUGUUGUUUGCAAUUUGGUUCCAGUUUUGGCAUUGUAGUCGUUGAUGUUUAGUUUUAGUAAUUAUAGUAGGUUAAAUUCCAGUAAUUAUAAUUAGUUUUAGUAAUUAUAGUUUUAGUA